UGUGUGCGUGCGUGCGCGUGUACGUGCGUGCGUGCGCGUGUACGUGCGUGCGUGCGCUCUCAUAGCGGAGGAGGGCGCACCCCAAACGCACGCUCUUCCCGACGAGCGCAUUCACAGUCGCGUGCGGCGGCGGUGGCGGCAGCCGCACACCAACAUCUUCAUCAUCAUCAUCAUCAGGACCAUCAUCAUCAGGACCAUCAUCAUCAGGACCAUCAUCAUCAGCACCGUCAUUAUCAACACCAGCAGUACCAGCAGCAGCAUCAUCACUGUGAGCACGCGACGCGCGGCGUAAGAGACGCAGGGCCGUGCAUCGGCGAUGGAGUCGCGCUAAGGGAGAACACCCUUCCAGCGGAGACCGGGGAGACACGCGCGGAGACUGGAGGAGGGAGGGGAGGAGGAGGAGGGGGAGCAGCUGGAGACGGCGGGACGGGGACAGCGAGGGAGGAUGCAGCGCAGAAAUGCCUACAGACUCGGAGCCCGAUCUCUGUGACAAGGCGCUCACCAUCGUUGCCGAGCUGUGCUUCAAGGGGGUCGUGUUGCCCGAGCGCUGCCAGGACUUCGCCCCGGUCCUCCCGGAGGACCUCUUCCGCUACCGCCAGGAGGGUGCAGACGUGUCGGUGAGCCUUCUGGCCGUGGUGGUGACGCUAUGUGGCGUGGCGCUGCUGGGGGUCUCCCUGUUCGUCUCGUGGAAGCUCUGCUGGGUGCCAUGCCGGGACCGCGAGCGGGAGGCGAGGGCCGCGGCGGCCGGGGCUGCCCGCUCGGCGCCCUACUUGCCGCAACAGCUGCUGGGCGCCGCGCCCGCUCUCGACGUCAACGGCCUCGAGUACGAGAAAGCUCCUCGUGCCGACGACUCCAUCGUGGGAGGGCCUCAGCAGCAGCAGCAGCAGCCGCCGCAGCAGCAGCAGCCGCAGCCGGUUCUGCAGCAGCAACCGGCACAGCAGCCGGUGCAGCAGCAGCAGCAGCAUUCGACGGAGCCAGAGCUACAAGCACCCGCCGAGGCCAUGGUCCGGAUGAGCCACACGUCUCCAGAUAUCCAUGCGAGCGGGAGAGACAGCAACCCCGUGGGACAGCAGCAGCAGCAGCUGCUGCCCUUGCAGCCGUUGCAACAGCAGCCGCAGCCGCUGCCGCUGCCGCCUCCGCAGCAGCAGCAGCCCACGCCGCAGUGCCCACAGCCGCAGCAGCGCGCGGUGCAGCGGCAAGGGACGGACCAGUCAAACUCGUCACGUCCCAGCUCCAUCCGCACGCUGCUCAACCGAUCCUCUCGGAGCGGCUCGGAGAAAACUGCUGCGGGUGGGGCCAGUGACGGCGCGGCCGUCCCGCAGACCAACACGCUGGGCCGCAUCAAGCCCGAGCUCUACAAGGCGCGCCCAUCCGUGCCGUCCGUGGGCUCCGUGGCGGGGGGGAUCGGCGGGGGAGUCGUCGGGAUCGGCGGAGGAGUCGGCGGUCUCGCUGGCGUCGGCGCCGGCGGCGUCUGCGUGGAGGAGGCCGGCACGCAGCUCGUCCCGGCGGCGGGCGUCGGGGACGCGGGGAUCGUCGGGAUGGUCGGCGGCGUCGGCGUCGGCGACGGCGCGGACCCGUGCGAGUCGGGCGACAUGAAGGCGCCUCCGUGCGGCCGCAUCAACUUCCAGGUGCGCUACGACUACGAGGGCGAGCAGCUGGUGGUGAAGAUCAACAAGGCGGUGGACCUGCCCGCCAAGGACUUCUCGGGCACGUCGGACCCCUACGUGAAGAUCUACCUGCUGCCCGAGCGCAAGCGCAAGUACCAGACCAAGGUGCACCGCAAGACGCUCAACCCCGUGUUCGACGAGACCUUCCAGUUCGGCGUGCCCUACAGCGAGCUGGCGAGCCGCCGACUGCACUUCAGCGUCUACGACUUCGACCGCUUCUCGCGGCACGACAUCAUCGGCACUGUGCUCGUGGACAACCUCCUGGAGGCCACGGACCACUCGCGCGAGACGUCCAUCUGGCGCGACAUCGAGUUCUCCAGCACGGAGAAGGUGGACCUGGGGGAGUUGAUGUUCUCACUGUGCUACCUCCCCACGGCCGGGAGACUCACGCUCACCGUCAUCAAGGCGCGCAACCUGAAGGCCAUGGACAUCACGGGGGCCUCAGACCCCUACGUGAAGGUGUCGCUCAUGUGCUCGGGCCGGCGUCUCAAGAAGCGGAAGACGUCGACCAAGCGCAACACCCUCAACCCAGUCUACAACGAGGAGAUCGUGUUCGACAUUCCGCCCGAGAACAUGGACCAAGUCAACCUCAUCAUCGCCGUCGUCGACUACGACCGGGUGGGCCACAACGAGGUGAUCGGCGUGUGCUGGGUGGGCGGAGAGGCGGAGGGGAUGGGCCGCGACCACUGGAACGAGAUGCUGGCGUACCCACGCAAGCCCAUCGCUCACUGGCACCUCCUGGCCGAGCCCACUGGUACCACCGGCCCUCAGUCAGCUUCAACGGCCGGUGUCUCCUGAACCCCACGAGCAGCUCGUCAACUCCCCGCCUCGGCUGCCUCCCCCGCCGCUCUGCGGGCCGCGCCGGGACCGCCGUGCGUGCCGUGACGGCCGCGCACAGGAGGCGUCGACGAUCUUUCCCCGCGCCACUGUUGCCUCCGUCGCAUCAGCGGUUCAGCGCGGCUGAAGGCAACGGG